AUGCUGUCCAGCAGCAGCAGCAGCAGUGCCGACCAGUACCAGCGCUUUCUCAUUGACCAGGCCUACAUCGGCGGACAGUGGCGACCGGCCGUGUCCGGGUCCCGUUUUGACGUGCUCAACCCUGCCACCAGUGAGGUGAUUGGCCAGGCGGCGGAGUGCUCCAUUGAGGAUGCACAGGCGGCGGUGGCCGCCGCAAAGGACGCCUUUCCCAGUUGGAGCACAACCACGGCGAAGGAGCGCGCCCAGCUGCUGCAACGACUGUACAAACUGCAGCUGGACAAUGCCGAGUCUUUGGCACGGCUGAUCACCGCGGAGAUGGGCAAACCGCUGAGAGAGGCACGCGGAGAGAUUGGUUACGGCGCCAGCUUUCUGGAGUGGUUUGCCGAGGAGGCCCGACGAAUCAAUGGCUCCAUUUUGCAGAGUCCGUGGAAGGACAAACAGCUGAGUUACCGCAAGGAGGCCUGUGGGGUGGCGGGAAUCAUAACUCCGUGGAACUUUCCCAACGCAAUGAUCACCCGAAAGUUGGGCGCCGCCCUGGCUGCCGGCUGCACCGUGGUCAUUAACCCAGCCGAGGACACGCCAUACUCGGCUCUGGCUCUGGCCGCCCUCGCCGAAGAGGCCCAUUUUCCGCCUGGCGUCAUCAACGUGGUGCCCACCUCCCGACAGAAGACGCCGGAAAUUGGCAACUUUAUCUGCGACACGCCGGAUAUAUCGGUGAUCACCUUCACCGGGUCGACCGAGGUGGGCAAGUUGCUGUUAAAGCGUGGCGCCAACACCGUAAAGCGAAUCGUCAUGGAGCUCGGAGGUGAUGCGCCUUUCAUCGUCUUUGACUCGGCCGACGUUCAGAGGGCAGUCGAGGGCAGCAUUGUCGCAAAGUUUAGAAAUGCUGGUCAGACUUGCGUCUGUGCAAAUCGAAUAUUCGUGCAAGAGGGCAUUCAUGAUCAGUUUGUGGCCGCACUUGCCGCUAAAAUGUCUUCCGAACUAGUUAUUGGCAAUGGAAUGGAUGAAAAGACUACCGUUGGACCGCUCAUUAACGAUCGUGCCGUGGAGAAGGUGAAGUCACACGUUGAAGAUGCUCUCUCUAAGGGGGCAAAGUUAGUUCAAGGAGGAAAAAAGCUGACUGCCAAAAACAAUUGCUACUUCUACGAGCCAACACUGAUUACUGGAGCCACUAAGGAGAUGAUCAUCGCAAAGGAGGAGACAUUUGGUCCUGUUGCAGCUAUUUUCAAAUUUAAAACUGAAGAAGAAGUACUGCGUCAUGCAAACAAUUGUCGUCGAGGGUUGGCUGGUUACUUUUACUCUCGCGAUUACGCUCAAAUUGAACGAGUGGCUCGUAAGCUGGAAGUGGGCAUGAUUGGCAUUAACGACGGUCUUCUGUCAACUUGUGAAGCUCCAUUUGGCGGUGUCAAGGAAUCCGGUCUUGGCCGUGAAGGCUCACACUUUGGAGUUGACGAGUUUUUGCACGUCAAAUACGUUUGUCUUGGUGGUCUUCAAUUUUAA